AGCUCACAAUCGUUCUGAGAGUUGCAGAGGCGAAAGAAGUCAAUAGGCUCAAAAACUCUAUAAAAAUCAAUAAAAAUAAUCGUCCAGAGAAUGCUGAGAGUAACAAUUCUACUGAUCGCGCUGCACGGCGCACAUCAAGCUACGGCACAUUUGCUUGACCUCGAAGGCUGUGGAAUGAACCGGAUGCAAAACAACGAAACUUUGGGAAAUAAUGACAAUCUUGGGCAGCUUCCAUGGAUAGCGUCGAUAAAAUCGAGUUCUGGGCAACAUAUCUGUGGCGGCAGUUUGAUCAGUAAACGCUACGUGCUGACGGCUGCCCACUGCUUAGGACACAACGAUCUUGCAUUUGUUCAGCUACGAAAGAAGGAUUGUGAUGAGAGCGGCGUGUGCACACUGGCAAAAGAAGACAUCCCCAUCGAACGCACCAUCGGACACGAUAGUUACAACAAACCAGUGCAGUCGCACGACAUCGCCCUGGUGCGUUUGGCACGAGACGCAUCGUUUAAUAGCGAUGUACGCCCAAUUUGUCUCCCAAUGGGACCCGAAUACCAGACGACGACAUCUAAGUACUUCGUUGCUCCACGAGGACAGGACUACGCUUCGUUGAACACUGACACGAUCGAAAUUACUGAGGUUGAUCGGGUCACAGCUGAUCAGUGUCAGAAUCGUCUAUAUGAGCUGAUACAGAUGAAAAGAACGAUUCACGAAUCUCAAAUCUGUGCGCUCCAAUCGGGUCGUUUCGAUGACUGUAGAAACUCCGGUGGACCACUGACAGCGUUAGGCCGCAAUGGACGCCACGUGCAGUACGGGGUAGUUUCUUACGGGUUGAACGCUUGCAAACUAGAUAAUUCACCCGUCGUGUACACCAGGGUGGAAAGCUUCAUCGAUUGGAUACUGAGCAAUCUCGAAGAGAAAAUAGCGAUCGGCGUAAGCUUAACGCCUGAAGAGUUCAACAAGUGUCCUGCCGAUGAGAUGUGCUUAAGUAUAGGCGAGUGUGAACAAUUUCUUCCCCACUACAACCAACCGGCCAAGUGGUCGCCCAGCUUAAGGGACGAGUUUCGAAGGCGGGUCUGUCAGCGGGAAAAAAUGAACGGUGUGAAUGUCUACAAAGUAUGCUGCUCGCCACCCGCGCCAACGACCGAAAGUGAUCGUAAGCGAGGGCUGGAACUGCUCGACCUAGAGAACUGUGGAGCGUACACGGACGAUAAGAUAUCGUUCGGACAGGAUGCGAAACUGUUCCAGUUUCCCUGGAUGGCACUGCUGAAAUCGAAAGCCGGUAGCUUCUUCUGUGGCGGUACGCUGAUCAAUGAGCGCUACGUACUGACUGCAGCUCACUGUCUCGUGAACGACGAUGUGGCAUCCGUCCGGCUCGGUGAGUACGAUCUAAACAGCACGAUCGACUGCAACAAGCACGGUGACUGUGCGCCGGCUCCGCAAGACAUCCCGGUAGAGCGUGCCAUCAGCCACGAGGACUACAGCGCCCGGUACAAACUGCACGACAUUGGCUUGAUUCGGCUGGCCCGCCGAGCAUCACUGAAUGACAAUGUUCUUCCCAUCUGCCUACCGGUGACGCCGGCGUUCCUCACCAAGCAGACCAUCUUCUUCGUGGUUGGCUGGGGCCAAACACAGAACGCACUGUUCGCGAACAAGCUCCAGUUUACGAAGCUCGACCUGAUGGCGAACGACGAGUGUCUGAAGCAGCUACGGCCAAAGGAUAGGUUUGUGCGCAUCUCGGACAGCCAGCUGUGCGCGAUCGGCUCCAAUCUGUCCGACAACUGCUCGGGGGAUUCGGGCGGACCGCUCAAGUCGAUCAGCAUUCAAAACUCGCGCUACGUCCAGUACGGCGUGGUGUCGUUCGGGUUGCGCACGUGCGGCAAGCAGAGUGCGCCGGGCGUGUACACGCGGGUCGAGCGCUAUGUCGAUUGGAUUUUGGAGCAGUUGGAGGAUUAACCGCACAGUAUUAACAACCCGCCUUAGCUUAAGGUGUACAACAAGCAUGCGAAAUGCCGUGCACAUACACAAACACCCACGCACUGAGCUAAAACAAAAAACAGCGAAAAAUAUGUAGCAUAAUGUUAAGCACAGAUUUUAGAGAUAAAUAAAUGCCAUUUUAAACCUAA